AGCUGCGUGGCCGAAGCAUCCUCGCGCCCCAGACCUCUCCAGGUUCUUGUGUUUAUUUCUCGACGGGACCGUUGAAAGGCACUAAAAUAAACUGCGGUUCAUCUCGACUCUCAUAUGCGGUCUCCAAAACCAAGACGACGCUGCAUUUGUGCUACCAAGUGCCAUGGCUAGAAAGACGGACACCCGCUCGUCUUACUAUGGUGAGCCACGCAAGUUUGACCCCAACUUCAGAGGGCCUGUUCACAACAGGAGCUGCACUGAUGUGAUUUGCUGUGUUAUCUUCAUCGUUUUCAUCAUCGGCUACAUCGCUCUGGGUACUGUGGCCUGGAUCCAUGGCGACCCCAGGAAGGUCGUCUAUCCAACCGACAGCCGCGGUCAGUUCUGUGGCCAACAGAACACCCCCAAUGCAAACAAAGCCAAAUUAUUCUACUUCAACAUGUUGAAAUGUGCCAACCCUGCAGUUUUGAUUAACCUCCAGUGCCCUACAACCCAGCUCUGUGUCUCCAAGUGCCCUGACAGCUUUUCAACCCUCCUGGAUGCAUGGAAUACCAAAAAAUGGGAAUAUUACAAGCAGUUCUGCAAGCCAGGCUUCGAGAUCAGCAGCAAGUCAGUAAUGGAAGUCAUACGAGAUGAAGACUGCCCUUCUAUGAUUGUGCCAAGCAGACCUUUCCUUCAACGGUGCUUCCCCGAUUUCCUUACGAGAAACGGAACUUUAACAGUAGCCAACCAGACCAUCUUCAAAGACGGUGACAAUAACAAGAGAAGUGUUAACGACCUCAAAGAUGCUGCCAAGGGGGCCAACUUUGCACCCAGAGAGCUCUGGACUGAAAUUACAGGAGGUAUCGCCAGUCUGCUCAACGCCAAUGAAGUUGGCAUUAAGAUCUUUGAAGAUUAUGCAAAUUCCUGGGACUGGAUCCUCAUAGGUCUGGUGAUAACCAUGGUGGUUAGCCUGGUCUUCAUCCUGCUGCUGCGCUACACUGCUGGUGUGCUCUUGUGGCUCAUCAUCAUUAGUGUCAUCACUGUGGUCGGCUUUGGUAUCUGGCACUGCUACUGGGAGUACAGCAAUCUGACCAGGAAGCCAGGUGCUAAUGUCACUAUCUCUGACAUCGGCUUCCAAACAGACUUCAGCAUUUACCUUCAGCUCAGCCAAACGUGGCUCGUCUUCAUGAUCUCGCUUUCUGUGAUUGAGGCCAUUAUUUUGAUCAUACUGAUAUUUCUGAGGGGGAGGCUGCGCAUCGCUAUUGCGUUAAUGAAGGAGGGAAGCAAGGCCAUCAGCUACGUCAUGUCCACUCUCUUUUACCCCAUCAUCACCUUUCUCCUCCUGGCCAUCUGCAUCGCUUACUGGGCCGUCACAGCAGUCUUCUUAGCAUCCUCUGGUAAUGCCGUCUACAAGGUCACACCUGCUGACGAUAAAUGCAUGUAUGCCAACCUCACCUGUAGUCCAAAGACCUUCAGUGAGACCAAUAUUACCAAAGUGUGCCCCGGGGCCCAAUGCAUGUUUGCCUUCUACGGUGGGGAAACUGUGUACCACCGCUACAUCCUGGUCCUCCACCUCUGUAACCUGUUCAUGUUCCUCUGGCUGGUCAACUUCACCAUCGCCCUGGGACAGUGCACCCUGGCGGGGGCCUUCGCAUCCUACUACUGGGCCCUGAAGAAGCCAAACGACAUCCCAGCAUGCCCCCUCUACUCCUCUUUCAGCCGAGCCAUUCGUUACCACACAGGUUCUCUUGCCUUCGGUUCUCUGAUCCUCGCUGUGGUGCAGAUGAUCCGGAUUGUUCUCGAGUAUGUGCAUACUAAACUGAAAGGUUCUCAAAACGCAUGUGCUCGAUUCCUGCUCUGCUGUCUCAAAUGCUGCUUCUGGUGCCUGGAAAACUUCAUCAGGUUCAUGAACAGAAAUGCAUACAUCAUGAUAGCAAUAUACGGAAAGAGCUUCUGCACCUCUUCCAAGGAUGCUUUCUUCCUUUUGAUGAGGAACAUUAUUCGGGUGGCUGUCCUGGACAAGGUGACAGACUUUCUGCUGUUCUUGGGAAAACUGCUUAUUUCAGGAAGCGUCGGUGUUCUUGCAUUUUUCUUCUUCACACGUAAAAUACCAGUCAUUCAAGAGGAGGUGCCAUCCCUAAAUUACUACUGGGUCCCCCUUGUGACGGUGAUAUUUGGAUCCUACAUGAUUGCGCAUGGAUUUUUUAAUGUCUAUGCCAUGUGUGUGGACACGUUGUUCCUGUGCUUUUUGUGGGAUCUGGAGGCGCACGACGGCUCUCAUCUCCGGCCCUUCUACAUGAGCAAAUCCCUGAAGAAAAUCCUCAACAAGAAAAACGUGGAGCCACCGAAAAAAGUGGAGACGCCAAAAAAAGAAGUAGAGAAAAGACAAAAGGUGGGGGAAGGAGAAAAGUUCAAGGACAUCCGCCAAAGCUUGUAAGCCCAUGUGGCAAUAAACACUUCGCCAAAUGUAAUUGAAGCGUACACAAGUUCCAGGUGUACACUCUAAUUUACUAAAUGUGGCAUCUUUAAUAAUUAGAUUCAUCACAUGCUCAUAAAGUAUGAUGCUUAAUGUUUCUGAUAUUUACCUUCAGAAGUCAGUUUGUGUUCAAAGAUGUUUUUAUAUUCAACGGUGCGCAAGCAACGCCAAGUUGUUGUUACUAUUUAUAUUUUUUAUCUUAUAGGUCUAACUGAUAUAUACAUAGGUGUAUUUGUUAAAGCCACAAUCAUACUUCACAUAUGUUCCUAUUGGAAUGAGUGAUUUCUUUUUUUAUUGAGAUUGUGCCAAACAUAGGCAGUCUUAUAACUCUUGUAGUUGACAGUUUCCGCCACUUGGUGGCGCCAGUCAUUAACGUGUGUUGUGUGUGCUGUAGUUGAGGUGUUGGUGUGCUUCUGGUUGAACUAGUUUUUCCAUGAAAUGGUCAAACGUUAGCUCACCUGUGUAUUGUGUUAUCACAUGUUUUGUUUACCUCAAAUUGUCUCACAUUGAGAAUCAUAUUUGCCAUUAAGUGUCCACUGUUUUCAUAUUUAACUGUCAAGGACAUAAUGGCAGAGCAUUUCAAAGUGCUUCAAACUUUAAUGGCCUUUUUUGUAGAAUUGCCACAUUAAGUGUUUGAUUGCAUCUUGCAGCUACAUUCAUUUCAUUUUAAGAUGCUUUCCUGACAUUCAUAGAAGAACGUGUCAAAGUGAUAUCAGCAGCAGUUGGAUGUAGGAAUGAAAGGUGAAGAAGGAUAUUCUGUUUUUGAAGUCACAGAACUUCAAAAAAGUCAGAGGUGUUUUCCUCAGCGGCAGCAUGUGUCAGACGAGCCGAGGGUGCAGAACAUUAAACAUGUUCUAAGAUGUUUUGACAGGUCAUCUUGUGGGACGCCACCAACAACAUAUCGUAUUAGUUUUAAGUCCCUCUUUUAAAAAGUGGCAUACUUUUUAGAGAACGGUGGCUUUGGUCAUCUUGAUUUGAUGCCACUUACAAUGCACACCAAUAUUAAUCAUUUUCAACAGUUUAAAACAUAACCCUGCAGUUAAUCCAACUUCUCUGAUGAAGGAAGAAGCUUCAAUCUUUGCUUCUAUCAAAAGAGAUCUAGGUAGAGAAUCAGCUUGAUAAUAGAACAAAACAUAAUACCAACACUUGUUGUUGGAGUUAUGAACUUCAUUUACGGUGUUGAAUUCUUUUGUCUUAUGGGUGCUCUGUUUGUCCAAAUUGGAGCUUACCCCAAAUAGUAUUAGUGAGUUAAACUAAGGCAGAUUGUUUUGAAACUUGCCUUAUAUUUAACAUUGGUUGCUUUCUGAAGUAUAAGCACAUCUCUGGCAUUAGAAGCAUGCUGGUGUCAGGUCAGUUUGCAUGAUGUUUGUAACACUAUUAAGCCAGUUGUGUGGAAGAUGCAGUCUGUUUUGAUAACACGUUUGAAUAUGUUUUGUGUUAAAUUAGUUAUUGGCAGGUUUGUGUGUCACCAGGUUAUGACUGAAAUACACAAGUGACAGCUUUUGGCACUUUCACACACCUUAAAGUUAUGGAGAGUUUUUUCUACAUUCAUGUAUCACUUGAAGCUCACCUUUAGACCUUUCUGAUGAGAUUCAUGUUUAUGAGUCUUUGUACCGUGUUAGUCAAAUCUGGAAGCCUGCCCUCAUGGUGCCUGAGAGUGACAGCAGCGCCAGGCUUACACACAUUGUGCCGCCGUUUGAGCUGAACACGCCGGGACAUGUACAACGUAACAAUUCAGUCAAAGCAAAACAACUGUGCUUCAGUAUCUGAAAGGAGAUGAAUGAUGCCUGUGGUGCUCAGUGGGCCGUAUAACAUCAGUAUUUGUUGCUCUUUAUACUGAAUAACUUUUAUUAUCCCGUUGAAUUGUAGAUCUUGCAUCAUGCAACUCAGGUCUAGUUUCAAUCCCAUGAGGGUGGAUUCCUAAGAUCUGAUAACAGAAGUAAAAGCUGCUUUUAUAUGCCACCCCCCCCCCCCACCCCUCCAUGUCUGAAAAUUGGAUUCUUUUGGUCAACCACAGUCAACAAGCAGACACAAGUGAAGCUCCUCUCAUUAUGUGCGUCACUUUUCUUACCGCAAACUCUUAAAAGUCAAACUCUGAAGAUGCAGUGCUCAAACCUGUCAAUACUCCAAACUGUUUUAUUUAUUGUGACAGAAUAAGUGCCUCUGUUUUAUAUUUAUUUAUAACGUCAAGGUUGCAUGUGUUCUUUAACAGAUUAUAUUGCAUUCAAAUAUAAAUGUUUCUGUUUAUCAAUAAAUAGUUUUUCUACUAUGAA